AAGCAGCAGCAGAGACGCGUGUUGGCACUGUGGACCGGCUUGGAAGAGGACUACCGAGUAUAUAGUGAGAGGUCAACCCCACCCAACCCCAGCAACUGCUAGCAUGGCUACGGCGAGCACCUCAGGGCAGAGCACCUUCGGGCUCGGGAGGAAAAAGAAGAACCCAGGUCUCAUGGAUCAGAUUAGCAAGUUCUUUGGAGGAGACAAAAAGAAAAGGAGCAAGGGCUCGUUCAGGGGUCACCUGGCCGCCUCACCUCAGCAAUCCUCUACUCGCCGCCGGACCAAUGAAAAUGCUGUGGUGCAUUUCUUCAGGAGCCUUGUUUCCUCUCCUCAACCUAAAUCCAGGUGGAGAGACGUCUUGGGUUUGGCCUCGUCGCCGCGUGCCGAGAGCACAAAGUCGCCGGUCAGAAGACGCAGAGACCAAAGCACGCUGUCCAGACUCUUCAACCUGGGAGACACCAAGUCCCGUCCACCCCCUAAACGCUGGAGCACCAUCUUCUAAGCUCUCCGCCGAGGACCGAACCACAGAUCCAACGCCGACGGGACGAGACGAAGGAGGAGGAACAGAUCUGCAAGCGGCGGACUCACAACCUCAAGAAACGCUAACCCACUAACACGAGCCUCGUGCAUGUUGGGACAGUGACGCCACACUGACACAGUAUGAAAUCCGCUCUCCGGGAGUGUAGGUGGUCACUGUGCCAGUUUUGCUUUUAAUCCUACUUCUGAGCAUAUCCUGAGUCAGUCAUUAUGUAGCUGUUUAUAAGAGGUUUGGUCAAGCUUUCAGUAAAUAUCUGACUGUAAAAAUCACCCAUUCAAGUAUCUUGGUCUGAUGGUGCUAGUGUCUGCUGUCUGAGGUCCGUUCAUGGCAGAUGUUUGUUUUUCUAUUCGUCUCCCGUCAUUUUGUACAUGAGUGACGCUUCAUGUAGCUCGCCGCUUUCACGCGACUCACGCGCCAAACAUUUUUGUUCCAUAUCGUGAAGUCUAGACGGAGAGUGCUGCUGUUCGUGGUCGUUGUGCUUGAGUGAAACGUACGUUGCAAAGAAAUGCAUUUGAAAACACAACUGGAAACCUACAGUAUAUGAGCAGUGUGGACUCUAAUGUUGUUUUUAUGUAACAGUUUUGUUUCGGUGUAAUUAAUAAAACAUGUACAGCACGAUGUCAUUCAAGUCUAUCAAAUAAAACAAAAUGCCCUUUUCAGAUGCACUGUUAUAUACAACUAAAUGAUUCAACUAAAAAAUGUCCUAAAAAAACUGGUCUGCUCUCUUUUUUCUUUGCAUCUCAAUUAUUGUGAGUUAUCUGUUUGCACCUUUACUUAAGUUUGAAGUUUUAAUGUCAUUUGUGUUUUAUUUAGAAGAAGACAGACAAACGUUCGUGUUAUCCGAUGGUCAGAUAGUAAGUGGUUCAAAGGUUUACGGUGGAAGCACUGAGAUGGAGUGAGGAGUUUAACACUGAAGGACAGUAUGUUGAUUUCAAAUGUUCUGACGCGUAACUUUAUUUUGUUCAUGACAAAUGACACCGCCGCUCUCGUCUGUACAUGCUCUGUUUGUAUGUUCACUUUAAUUGAAAAGUCAAAAGAACUGUAAAGGUGUUUUGCUUGUUUUUCCUGAGGUUGCUGACGUGUGGUGGUGCUACAGGAACAGGAACUGAUACUUAGAAAACUGUGUUUCCUCUUAAUGUAAAACUCUAACUGGAAAUAAACAUGUUAUGUCUUCUCUCUGUUAUUAAAUGUUUUAAAAUCUGA